AUGGCAAACCGCUCAAUUUUGUACCCAUUGCUCGUCGCGUGUCUCCUCGUCAGCUCGUCCUUUCAAUCUUUACAUCGACACGAUGGAGAUUCGGCUAUGCCAUUCUUACCACUGGACGUGGACAAAUCUUUCCAUGGAUGCGAUCAAAACCUUGAACUGAAAGAAGCUGCUUGCAGCGAUAAAGGCCUCGACACUGUUCCCCAGAAUCUUUCUGAGGAUACCGAGAUUCUUGUCUUGUCUGACAACAAUAUCACCAAACUCUUGAACUCCUCGUUUGAAGUAUACCCUCUAAUUAAAUCCUUGGACAUUACUUUAAACGAUGUAAGAGCGAUAGAAUCCGCCGCUUUUUACCCCCUCAUGGGCUUAAUGUACCUGGAUCUAUCCUUUAACCCACGUCUUGUGCUUCCAGCGACAGGAGUCUUCAUGAUGUCUUCACAGCUUUCCAUUCUCGAUUUAGCGGCAUCAUACACGACAUCGCUCCCCAAUGACAUUCUAAAGUGGAUUCCACAUCUAUAUUAUGCAGAUCUUUCCUUCAACCAGCUUUCCUUCAUUAAUCUAAGUUCUUGUGGCAUGGCCGACACUGUAGACAUGAGAGGAAAUCAACUACACAACCUUACGGCAAAAGAUUUCACAUUUCUGUGCCACACUGAUACUCUAGAUCUUAGAUUUAACCCUAUAAAAUCAGUAGACCCUGAUGUGAUCGCAUCACUACAUGUUCGAUCUUUGAUGCUAGGUGGCUACCGUUUUAGUGACGAGGUGUUGGCGAACAUCAUCCUCGGAAUUUCAAAAUCAGACAUCAAACUGCUUAAAAUCGAGUAUUGUUCUGUUGGUGCGUUUCCUAAAGGUUUCUUUGAUCCUCUGAGCGAUUCUUCUCUCUCUGUUCUGGAAUUCAACGGCAACAAUCUGACUAGCCUCCAUCCUUUAGUCUUCUCAAAUUUGACAAAAGUCAGAAACUUCAGGUUCAGUGAUAACAAACUCCCCAUAGACGAAGUUCAACCAGAUUUUUUCGACGGCAUGAAUGCAUUAAAAGUACUGGCAAUCAACGACAACAAAGUUUAUUCAGGAAACUCUCUGUUUUACAAGAGCUAA